AGAGAGAGAGAGAGAGUGUGUGUGCGCCCGGCCGGAGAGAAGCCAGGUCACUGACGCGCGUCCUCACUGAUAUGGACACCGGAGGAGGACACUGAACAUCCAGGAACCAUGCCUACUGUCCUCGGAGGCAAAGGGAAACUUUCCAUUGUCUGUUUUCUGCUCCGAUACGCGCAUUCUCAGGGAAAAAGAAGCCAACCCAACCGCCGUGCCAAAGGUAUUCUCGAGGACAUGACACAGUCCUGGCCAUCCCAGCAAGCCUUGGCCGGGGACCAGGCUCAGCGAAUCCUCUACAACUCCAAGGAUGCUAAACAUUCAGCUGCACAGCAAAGGCAAAGCCGGGGGGAUGCUCAGCAGCGAAUGGUCCGUCAUCCUUACGUGGCUCCUCACAAAUCAAUGCUUGCUGACGACCUAAAGCUGAGCAGCGAUGAAGAAGACACUCAGAGGGCCAUUCAUGAGUCAGCUUCCUGGGACAGACGCAGCCUGCCGGCGCAGCGAGCGCACACACAUGGCAGGAGGGUGAGACAUUCCAGCUCAGACUCCUCGGACUCAGACUCCUCCGCAGAGUCGGGCAGCAGCAGCCUGCAUUCCCGCAGCUCAAGUCCAGAACUUCACCCGGACCCUCCGUCACCCGUAAACACGCAACCGGCGUGCAACAACAAGGAGAUCGAUCAUCGUCCCACCACCCAGUGGCAGUUAGAUAAAUGGCUGAAAAGGUCAAAGAAAAAAUCUGGCAGGAAUGAUCAGGAUUUCUCUCAGACUAUUGCAGAACCCCAGGUUUCUCCCCUAAGUCAAAGAGCCCCAUCACCAGCCAGGUCAUGGGACAGCAAUCAGGAGUACAGUCCCAGCCAAACUCCCAUUCCGAGUCCACAGUUAAGUUACAGUCACAAUAACAGCCCAGUCCCCAGCCCCGGUUACAGCUACUGCCCAAGUCCCAGCCCAUUCCCCAGCACUUGUCCAAGUCCUUCCCCUAGUCCGCGGCAAAGCCCACCUCCAAGUCCAGUUCCAAGUUUUUGCCCCAGUCCUUGUGGAACCCCAAGAACCAGUCGAAGCCCAAGCCCCAUACCUCCUCCAAGAAGUCCAAGUCCCAGUUUACGUGCACCACCAUCGAGGGGUUUUCACUACUUUGGGGAUCAGAACCAAAACCAGUCACAUUCUGUUCUAACAUCUACCCCGUACAGGACUAAAAUAAGACCAUGGAUUCCUCCAGUGCCCACCACCAAUUCAAAGAGUAAACCCACAAUUAACAGUCAUCUUCAGCCAUCUUUUCAGAACAGGCCUAAGAAUCACCCCACACAAAGCCAAGUCCAAAGCCAAACCAAGUUGAAACGUUCUGUAAGUUUAAACUCCCAACCAAAUCCCAACCAAAACUCUACACCCAAGCCUGCUUCAUAUCUGGGAACUAAACUGCUCUCUGACACCCCUAAAACUAAAAACCCAACAAAGUUUGGUCAAAUCCAAGGCAACCAAUCCAAACCCAAGCCACGACCACCAUUUCAGCGGCCUUCUCAGCACAGCCCUAAAAGAUCAAAGGAGUUAGCGCCCACUGGCCGGGAAACCAGCACAGCUCCUAGUACUUAUUCCCAAACUACCUCUAACGCUACUGGCAAUCCUGUUACUAAAUCGAGCUCUGGACCUCUUCCUAACCUUAUACACUGGACAAAGCUGUGGAAGGCUUCCCACCCAAACCUCACCCAUCUAAGCCAUACCAAAACCUCACCAAGGAAGCUUCAGUCUAAGGAACUGGAAGUGGAUCAGAGAAGCUCUCAUCUGACCCAAGCAGAGGGGAGAACACAUGAAAGGAAGGAGGUUAGACAUCACCGUGAAAAACAACAAGGAAAACUAGAACGAAAGGAAGACAGAAGGCUGGCGGAGGAGCAGCUACUAAGACGUCCCUGGAUCCAAAGUUCGGCAGAAGAAGAGGAGGAAGAGGAGGAAAGAGAAACAGAAGAGCAAAGUGGGGAGAAGGACACUGCACAAGGGGGAAAUAGGAGGAAGGGGGAGCAGGCAAAGGACGAAUGGAAAACAGCCAAGCAACGAGUGCCUGCUAACGACAAACAGCAACGCCUUCAAGAGGGUUUAGACUGUCAAGGGAGGACAAAAAAGGGAAGAAGAUGUGAGGAGGAAAGAGAGGUACACAGAGACCUAUCACCGCUGCUAUCCACACACUCCCCAACUCCCCAAAGACAACCCUUCAGCUCCUCCUCUUCAUCGUCGUCUUCCACAACCACCUCAAACUCAGACUCUGAAUCCGAAUGUCACGCUUCUGUCACCAAGGUUUCAACUGAGUCCACUUCUCACAGGAGGGUUACCAAGACAGGGAACCAACCUCCAAGCAGACCUGACACCACCAGGCCUAAGGCAGUACUCCCCAGACGACCCAGCACAGGUAACCCAUGUGAGGGCCAGCAAAGUGAGGCGAAACAAAGGCUCUACACAUUGGUCCCAUUUGGGCGAGGGGAAAAAACUCCUUCCAAUGCCCAGCGGGGGCUAAGAAAUUUGGUGGUGCAGAUAGACCUCUGUCUUCUCAAGAGAGUCCCAGAAAGCCCUACAAACUCCACUGCUAACAAAGCCUCCCCUUUCAAACCUUCUUUAUCCACUAAGGAAAAGCCUAAAGAGGCUAUGAAACACAUUUAUAACCCUGAGACAUCCACUAAAGACGGCAAAAGGAAACGCAAGCUGGAAAACGGUGUGAAGCAGCGAGAAACCAAGAGGAGUCUUCUUUAUCCAAACGAGGCCCCAGGGCAGAAAGAAUCUUUACCAACAAUGGCUGAGAAAGUGGUUACUGAGACAUUACACAAUGGAUACCUGGAGGAAUACUUGGACAACAAGAGGCCAGUUUCUCCCUUGUCCCCCUUAUCUCCACUGCCCCAGAGCCCUGAACCCACCAAGCCUCCCUCCAAAGCAAAGGCAACGGCCGAACAGCAGCAGUCCCGCCCGCAGAAGACCAAAGACAAGAGCCGAGACGCAAUUGUAAAGCCUAAGAUGGAGGUGGAGUGUGUAAAAGUGUCACGCCAGCCUCAGCCACCGUCCGAGCCCACCUGGGGACCUGCUGGCCACAGGGGCACCGUACCAAACCAAGAGCUCUCUCAACAUGCUGAAUACUACUUACAUGAAGCGAAGCGGAUGAAGCACCGGGCUGAUGCUAUGGUGGACAAGCUGGGAAAAGCUGUUAACUACGUUGAUGCUGCUCUGUCCUUUAUGGAAUGUGGUAAAGCGAUGGAGGAAGGGCCACUCGAAGCCAAGUCUCCUUUCACCAUGUAUUCUGAGACGGUGGAGCUGAUCAGGUACGCCAUGAGGCUCAAGAGCCACUCUGGCCCUGGAGCGAGACAGGAAGACAAGCAGCUGGCGGUCCUGUGCUUCAGAUGCCUUGCCCUCCUUUACUGGCAGAUGUUCCGCUUAAAAAAGGAUCAUGCGCUGAAGUACUCCAAAGUGCUGCUCGACUAUUUCAAGAGUUCUCCCAAAGUGCCCACAACGCCGCCCGGCUGGAUGGACUCUGGGAAGGCUACAGCAGGACUCCCGUCCUCACUGUCACCCACCGCAAAACACCACAGACGGGGUUCAAACGAGGGCGGCAGUCCCACGUCUCUCAUAAGCAUCCCCCAGCGCAUCCACCAGAUGGCAGCAAACCACCUCAACAUCACCAACAGCGUCCUGUACAGCUAUGAGUACUGGGAGGUGGCAGACAACCUCGCAAAGGAGAAUAAAGAGUUCUUCAACUAUUUGAAUACUCUAUCUGGGCCGUUGACUCUUCACAGUAGCAUUGCUCAUGCUGUCCAGUACACCAGGCAGGCUCUUCAGUGGAUACGGAUAAGUGCCAAACUGAACUGACUCUGGCAGAGAGGAUUUCUGCCCAACAGCCUGAGCUGCUCCCUUAAGCUUCAUUUUGCUGUAAAAAUAAAUAAAUAAAUAGGAGUAAAAACUCUGCAGAUCUCCAAACAGCUUUGAGGACAGCCGCCUGAUAACCAAUGUGCUGUGCCGGGAAUGGAUUUACAAGAAAUCUCACCGAGCCACGGGCCGUCGUUGGGGUGUGAACACCAGCAUUAUGUGUGCAAAGCCUUCUGAAGGACCAGUUUCACAGCCUUCUUCCUCGCAGAUGGAUCCGUCUGAAGAGUUGUGUGCUCUGCGACUGAUUGAGGUCUCUAAACGUUUGCCAAAUGUGUCCUGAAGUCGUCUGUGUUUUAGACUUUGUUACUGUUCAGCAAAUAUUUUCCCUGGGUGCAAAACAGGAGUGACUGGUUUAAAAAAGGAAAAAAAAAAAGACUGAUCGACCAUGUAUCACUCUCAAGGAGGGGGAAUGCUCUAAGUGAUUUGUUUUUCCCUUAAAAGUAUGUUAUAUUUUCACUUUUUAUGUUUUUUUUUACUGUGCAAUAUUUGAUAGAUCAUCUUCUUUGUAAGAAAAAAAUAAACUGGGUAUGAAGAAUA